AUGCCCUCCAAGACUAGCGCUGAUCGCAGCAAGCGCCUCCACGUUAACCGCCGUUGUUAUCCCUGCCACCAAUGCAACAGAUGCUUCGGGACCGCGGAGGCCCGAAGCCAGCACCAAAGAGACUCACCCGUCCACAACAACCCAGGGGCCCAAACCAUACCCCUUAACCCGAUGCUGACGCCAGCCCAGCAUCUCGCCCCCCGCGCGGCCGCCAAGCAACUUGAGCCAACCCUCGCAACCCCACCGCCAACCGCGACCCCCCUCUGCUACCGCGGUAACGAAUACACCUCCCUCCGCCCCUCCCUCCACAACCCCCUCUACGCCCUCCUCCUGGCACACUGCCUCACACCGAGCCGCCUCGCCCUCGAAAAAUACCCCCUCCCCUCCCCCACGACCCCCUCCCCACCCCCGGCCAAACCUCCCAGCUCCUCCACCAGCACCACCACGACCCUCCCAAAGCCCCGCGCAAUAGUCCUCGACUGCGAAAUGGCAGGCACCGGCCCCUCCCGCGCGCGCGAGGAGGUCAUCGUCCUCUCGGCAAUCGACUUCUUCACCGGCGCGACGCUGCUGCACACGCUGGUGUGCCCGGCGCGGCCCGUGACGGACUGGCGCACCGCCAUCACGGGCGUCACGGCGCGGGCGAUGGCCGCGGCCGUCGCCCGCGGGGAGGCGCUGGCCGGCCGGGAGGCGGCGGUGGCGGCGCUGUGGACGGUCGUGGAUAGCGAGACUGUCGUGGUUGGGCAUGCGCUGUGGCAUGAUUUGCGGGCGCUGGGGGUGUCGUGUGCGAGGGUGGUGGAUUCGGCCGUGUUGACGGCCCAGGCGGCCGGGGUGGUGGCCGAGGGGGAGAGGGUGAGGCAGCCUGCCGGCCUGCAGAAGUUGUGUCGGGAGCUGGUGGGGUUGGAGAUUCGGGAGGGGGGAAGGGGGAAGCAUGAUAGUCUGGAGGAUGUGUUGGCCACGAGGGAGGUGGUGCUUUGGUGUUUGCGGCAUCCCGAGGAGUUGGGGGCGUGGGCGGCGGAGAAUUGGGGGGACAAGGGGAAGGGGUUGGACCGGAAGGGGGGAACCGGAAGGGGGCAGGGAGGGCGGUGGGGGAGAGGGAGGAAUGUGUACGGGAAUGGAUCGGAUGAUGAUGACGGUGACGAGGUGCUCCUCUGGGAGGAUGUGGUGGACUGGGAUAUGUGGCCGAAGUCUCCGCCGGACUGGUCCGACUAG